CCAUACCUGUUAUAAAUGCUUUGAAAAGAAUCUGCGAUGGCUCUCUCUAUCCAGGUAUGAAGAGUCGUCACUGUUCGUCGUUGUGUUCGAUUUCGAAGUGAUUAGACAUGAGUGAAAUGGCCAAGGAAACGUUCAAACAAGUUUCCGAGUCCAUGUUCCCGGGCAUCACGCACAGCCUGCAUAGUAAACCCCCGGAGAUUCGCCUAGGCCACGAGAUCGUUACUAACCUCUCGCUUCAGAUGUGCUUGUUCUUCAAUGUGUGCUAUUUCCCGUUCUGGUUGAUCAUUUCUAUUCUGAUCACAUCUCUCAAAUACGAACAUCUCAACUAUCUCUACAAAUUCAUCCUGGUCACGGUGUUAGCCGCCACCAUUGCCAUCGAAAUUGUCAGACUCUACUUGGGCUACUUGGGCAAUCUCAUGGAAAGGGUCCCAGAAUUGGCUGGCUUUUGGCUCCUCUCGGUGUUGCUCCAAUUUCCACUCCAAGCCUUCCUCUUCUUCAAUGAAGAUCUAGUCAUUUUGCCACUCGAAAGGGCUGCUAAUUUUGUAAUGGUGGGAUUAGUCCUGGCCGAGCUCAUUACCGGGUUCAUUGCUCUUCGAAAGAUCACCAAACAUCAAGCCAAGAAGUUCCAUCUCCUCCAAUUGAGACAAGAGGCUAUUUUUGAAUUCGAAUAGUCAUAAAUAAAAAAGGAAUUGACCAUCAAAAAUAACCACUCAGUGUAUAUAUUUCCUCCAACUGGUAUUGUUCAAGAUGAAACUCGUGGAAAAGAAGGGCUUUCUCCUUCGCUGCGAUGGACUGGUGCGUCACGAUGAAAGCGAAGUGGAUCAUCAUGGAACAGCUGAUGCCAAAGUCAGUCCGGGUAGAUCAUUUGGACUGUACUUAUUGACAGUCAUUUUUGUCAGCAGAUGAUAACAAGUUCAAGAAAAUAAGACUUGUCCACUUCAAUCAGUGUUAUCUUAUCUCAAG